AUGAGACGCGAGAUUGCCGGUUUAAUCAAACCGUUGUUGCGUAUAAAUAACAACAAAUCCCGAAUCUGGAGGCAAACUUACGCAACCCAAGUUGAUUUAAACUUGGAAGAGCGUUCCCUAGAUCCCAAAGAGUUCGUGGACUUCAAGCGUCAUCUGCGACAGCUCAAUUUGGCCCACAAAGAUGGACACACGUGCUUGCAGUUGGAGUGUCGCCUGUGCGAACGCAACAAGCAGCCGGCAACAAACGCCCAAAAGGGCGCCGAUCAGGGGCUGUUAGCUUACGUAAACAAGCGGACGGGAGCCUUUAUCUGCCCCAACUGCGAUGUGAAAACCUCACUUUCCAAUGCACUGGACGCCUAUCAGUUGCCUCCGCCGGCUGGAUACAGAAAGGCACCGCAAAUAAAUUCGAUUUAUGAAUCCCGGUUUCCCCACCUCACUGAUGUUACCGCCGAAGCCUGCGAAGCUUUAGGAAUCAAGGGUUUAAAAGAGGACCAACUAAACGCCAUUGGAGCUCAGUGGGAGCCAGAGCAAAAGUUGAUUCACUUCAAAUUACGCAAUGCCGCGCAAAAAGUGGUGGGCGAGAAGGUUUUGUAUCUGGGCGAUCGCCGUGAGGAGACCUACCAGGGCAGCUCGAGCUCAGGAUUACUAAUUCAUGGCUUGGGGAACAAGUCCAAAGCAGUACUAGUCAGCAAUCUUUUGGACUUCAUUGUCCUUGCCACACAGAACAUCGAUACGCAUUGCGUAGUCUGCCUACCUUACGAGUUAAAGACGCUCCCCCAGGAGUGCCUGCCCGGCUUGGAACGCUUCAAAGAGCUGGUCUUUUGGCUGCACUACGAUGCCACUCACAGCUGGGAUGCAGCUCGUGCUUUUGCACUGAAGAUGGACGAAAGGCGCUGCCUGUUAAUCCGACCCACCGAAACAGAACCUGCGCCUCAUUUGGCUCUCCGUCGUCGCCUCAAUCUGCGGCACAUCCUUGCCAAAGCGACGCCAGUGCGACACAAAGCCAUCACCACAUUUGGGGCGAUGCGAAAUGAUAUCCUAAGCGAGCUUCAAAACAUCGAAAAGGUGAACGGAGUGAAGUGGAAGCGCUUCCCAGUGCUGAACAAACUACUCAAGGGCCAUCGAAGGGGCGAGCUGACCAUUCUCACGGGACCCACGGGCAGCGGAAAGACGACAUUCAUGAGCGAGUACUCCCUCGACUUGGCCAUGCAAGGUGUGAAUACGCUGUGGGGUUCCUUUGAGAUCCGGAAUACCCGCUUGGCCGCCACCCUGCUCCGUCAAUAUGUGGGUUAUCCAUUGGAUGACCGGCUUCAGGAGUUUAACCACUGGGCAGCGGAGUUCGAGCGCCUGCCGCUAUACUUCAUGACCUUUCAUGGGCAGCAACCUCUUAAGCCUGUGCUGGAGGCCAUCGAACAUGCAUCCUAUGUACACGAUGUAAUGCACGUGAUCAUCGACAACCUGCAGUUUAUGAUGGGAGUUUCCACAUAUCGAGGCGACAAGUUCUGGGAGCAAGACUCCAUAAUCGCAGCCUUUCGUGCCUUUGCUACGAAGCACAAUGUUCACGUAACACUGGUCAUGCAUCCACGCAAGGAGAGGCAGGAGGACGAACUAACCACCAGUUCGGUUUUCGGAACAGCGAAGGCGACUCAAGAGGCGGACAACGUGCUGAUCAUUCAGGACAAGCGUUUGACUUCUGUGAGGGGCAAGAAGUACCUCCAGAUAGCCAAGAAUCGGUACUCCGGUGAUCUAGGCAUUAUGCCACUAGAAUUCGACAAAGAUGGAUUAAGCUACUCUUCCCAAAUUCAAAGUGCCAAGCGAAAGCGCGAAAAGACGUCCUCAGAGACUUGACUUUUUUAGGCAUUUGUAGUACUAUACAAUAUAAUUAUUCUGUUGCUUAUGGCUAGUUUAGGCUUAAGUGAAAUCCUUAAUAGACCACAUCACGUUGA